AAUAUUCACUUCUCCUUAUAUCGUUGAUCAGUUCAGACCUCAACUUUAUCUCAAUUCACCAUGGAUGCCUUCAAGGGAAAAUACGAGCGUGUUUCAGCUGAGAACUACGAGGAAUUCCUUAAGGAGCUGGAUGUAAACUUCCUGCUGAGGAAGGCCGCUACUGUCUCCACCCCCGUGAUGGAGGUGUCUGAAGAGGGAGGAGUCUGGACUAUAAAGACCAGCACUACUCUUAAAUCCAUGGAGCUCAAGUUCAAGGUUGGAGAGGAGUUUGAGGAGACUACCGCCGACGGAAGAGAAGUCACCGCCAAGGUUAUCGUCGACGGUAACAAAUUCGUUUCCGAACAGAAAGCCAAGAAAGAUGGACAAAAGAGCACCAAGACUAUCCGUGAAUUUAACGGAGACGAGGUUGUCCAGACCAUGACCGUUGACGGAAACGACAGCCUGGUCUGUGUACAGAAGUUUAAGAGGAUCUGAGUUAAUGAUGUCAAUGUAACGAGCUUGUGAAAUAUAAUGCUUUUAUUAAAA